ACGACGAGUUUUCCCAUUAUUAAAAUUUCCAUUCGUUCAGAAGAGCGCAAAAAAUGGAAUUAUCGUUGUGCGUUUUAAUUUUGGUGGCACUCGCCAAAGCUGAAAACUACAAAGUCACAGAUCGUGUUUAUCUAGACGUGGAGCACGGUGGCGAAUACGUGGGGAAGAUAGUUAUAGGAUUGUUCGGUGAAAUCGCACCGAAAACCGUGAACAAUUUCAAGAUUUUGGCUACACAAGGCAUAGAUGGAAAUAGCUUUGAAGGAUCAACGUUUCACAGGGUCAUUCAGCGUUUCAUGAUCCAAGGUGGUGAUGUUCUGAACAGGGAUGGAAGCAGUUCUGUGAGCGCUUACGGCGGUUUAUUCGAAGACGAGAAUUUCAUCGUUCCGCACAAUUCGGCUGGUUUUGUUAGCAUGGCGAACAACGGACCCAACACCAACGGUUGCCAGUUUUUCAUCACCACAAUUGCAACGAAUUGGUUGGACGGUUAUCACACUGUCUUUGGAAAGGUAGUGAAAGGUCAAGAAAUUGUGCACACGAUCGAACAUUUCAAGACCGACUCCGAUGAUCGUCCCUUGGAAACCGUCAGGAUAAUCCAAUCCGGUAUCAUGGAAACGCCUAAACCGUAUUUUGUUUCAGACGAUCCGUACGAUUACAGUCUGUGGUUGUGGAUACGCGAUGGAUCCAUACCUUUAUCUUUCUCUUUCGCGAUCAUGGCCUUCUUUCAUUGGGUCAUCCAAAAAUUAGAUGGCUACAAACUUAUUUAAAAAAAAAUCAAUUUUAAAUUGUCCAGAACAUUAAUUAUAUUA